CUUGUAACCCUUUUCCAUUCCUCGGAAGCCCCGUAACACACAGUCACACGUCCAAACCCUGGAUCUUACAAUGACUCAAUCUUCGAGCCCUUCAAAGCUCUCCCUCUCUUCAUCCUUCAUCCCCAAACCCUUCCUCCACUUCCGCCCCAACUCCCCAGUUCCUACAAAACUCAAUCGACCGCCCUAUUUCAAGAUCCUUUUCUCCGCUUCCCAACCGCCGCCGCCGCCUCCGCCUCUGCCGCCGAGCUCAAUGCCCACCACUAGCGAUGCUAAAACCCUGAACCUUAUCUCCUUCAUCGGUGCUAUCCCGGACUGGGCCGAUCGUAUUCAAGAGCGUGGAAUGCGACAAAACCGCGCUCUUUACGACCAUGAAAAAUGGGUUCAUCACAGAAGUUCACAGCGUCACCUUCGACAUUUACUUUCCAGUUUACAGUCGCGUGUAAUCUUAUCACUGGUUCCGCCUGUUUUAGCUUUUACUUCGGUUGCUGUUGUCGUUGCCACUUACAACACUGCCGUGGAUUUGCACUGGUUGCCUGAUUUUUUCCCAAUGUUGAGAGCUUCUUCGUUGCCUUAUCAGUUGACUGCGCCUGCAUUGGCUUUGCUGCUGGUUUUUAGAACCGAAGCCUCGUAUUCGAGGUAUGAAGAGGGGAGGAAGGCGUGGACUAAGGUAAUUGCAGGAACAAAUGAUUUGGCAAGACAGGUAAUUGCUGGGGUCGAUAAUUCAGUUGAUGAUCAGCCCAUCAAAUCUGCUCUCUUGCACUAUAUAAUGGCUUUUCCUGUUGCACUUAAGUGUCAUGUUCUGUAUGGAUCGGAUAUUGGCAGGGAUCUUCAGAAUCUGAUUGAAGUAGAUGAUUUAGCUGUGAUACUGAACUCGAAGCAUCGGCCUCGCUGCAUAAUUGACUUCAUUUCUCAAAGCCUUAAAUUGUUGAACUUAGAAGAAACAAAGAGAACUGCGCUGGAGUCAACAAUCUCAUGUUUCCAUGAAGGAAUCGGUGUAUGCGACCAACUCAUGGGGGUUCCGAUCCCUCUAUCAUACACUCGGUUGACGUCAAGGUUUUUGGUCCUAUGGCAUCUUACUCUUCCUAUCAUACUCUGGGAUGAUUGCCAUUGGAUUGUUGUUCCCGCUACUUUCAUCAGUGCUGCUUCCUUGUUCUGCAUAGAAGAAGUUGGUGUUCUUAUCGAGGAGCCAUUCCCAAUGUUACCCCUUGAUGAGCUCUGCAUCGUAGUGCAGAACAACAUAAAAGAAACAAUGGCAACAGAAAAGGAUAUUCAAGCGAGGGUAAAGGGAAAAAGAAAGAGGAAUUCCUACAAACAUUCACCUAAUGGUUGCCCCAACCCCAACACACAGUGUUGUUAACAGGGAUAAUUGGAAAAGGUUGUGCUUACCGUGAAGGAUUUUGUCGCAUUAAUUCAAGGCUAAAUAUCUUUGCCUUUUGCUACCUAGAAUCUAGAUGUACAUAAGAGUAUGGUUGAACCAUGCGUAAAGAAACGAUAAUCAUAGGAUAUCUGUGUAUAUUGUACACAAUUUUCUGGUAAAUACAAAAUAUAUUGGCUUCUUACUGACUUCCUGUUUCUGG